AUGACCACUCCGCUAGAACCGCUAGUCAUCGAGCCGCAGGAAAUAUUCUUCGACCCGGACUAUGAUGUGGCACAGAGAAAACUGAUCACUUUUACCAGCCAAAGCCUUCAAAUGAAAACCGUGUUCAAAAUUAAACUCACACACCGAGAUAUGUACACCGUUGACCCUCCAAACGGCUUCAUUAAGCCAGGCGAAAAAAUAACGGUAGAUUUGGUGCUUCAGCCAUGCGAGUGGAGUCCAGAGGUUGCAGAAAAAAAUAAAAUGCUGAUACAGACUCUGCAGGUACUUCCGGAAGAUCGCAAUGCGGUUCAGGACUUGUUUCUUAUGGGUGUUCCGCCGAUGGACCAGAAGGCAUAUUAA